CGGACUCCCUCUGUGAUUCAGCGCGUCCGCGGCGUACGUUUCACUGAGCAUCGGACUGAAGCGGUUUAAUACUAGAGUUCGAGCGGAGGGAGACAUGUCCGUGCCUCACGCACACAGCCCGGACACCAGCAGCCGGAGGAGGAGGCCGGCGGAGCUGCCGGCAGAUCUUUCGUGGGAUCAGGAUCUCCAGGCAGGUUACAAUCAUGAACAGAUCCAUGACCAAGGUCAACCACUUCUUCCAGCAGGCACUCCACCCACACAUCAGUCCGUUUGUCCACAACAACGAAUAUGCACCACAAAGUGCAUAUCUGCACACACACGUUCAAACCACAACACAUGUGACGACAGUUGGGAGGAGAUUCAAAGCAAGAGAACCAUCAGGGCAGAGAACGAAGUGGAAGCCAACAAACUGGUCAACAACUACAGGUUUGGUUUUCGGAAGUGGAAGAGCCAUGUGACAGAGCGUCCGUUUGAAGACAGGUCGGAGGUCGUGAAAGAGCUCUACUCCGAACUGAACGUCAUUAAACCAUAUUCAGGUUCAGGUCAUUUUAUCACAUGUGGAAAUGUACUGUAUGUGUUUCUCUUUGGCUGGUGGGUCUCCCUGGCAUAUUUCCUGGUCAGCAUAUUGAUGUUCAUCACUGUCACUGGUGUACCAUAUGGGAAGCUUUGCUUGAAGUUGUCCUGUUACUUCUUGUGGCCGUUCGGCAAGUCAAUCCACGAGGUAUGGUUUGGAUCUGAGUUCAGUUCAUGUUGGGACGUUCCUCCUGCCUCUUUUCCACCUUCUUCUAAAAUUGGAAAUACACUGAGGAGUUGUUGUGAGCAAGCCCCAGACUGUGAGUGCAACACAGACGGGGUGGAUGAGAACUCACCGGUUCUGCUACCCUCAACCACAGAGGUGCCAGUCCCAGAGAUCCCGGGACGACCUCAUUGCACUCCCUUCUGGCGCCGUUUCUCCACCUACGUGUGGCUGCUGCUGGGAUACCCGCCUCUGGUGGUCGUCCACUCCCUGGCCUGCUUCAUCUCCUGGAUCCUGAUCUUCACCAUCCCCGUGUCCAAGAUGAAUGCACGGACGCUGGCCGUCAUUCUUCUCCUGCCUCCUGAGAACGUUUCUUUUUCCUCCUCCUCACAAAGAAAGCAUCAAUGCUACGAGACCAGAGCACUUCUAUGCUCCUACCAUGCUACAAACUGGUACUACUACAAGUACACUGUUGAUGGGAUCAAUGUGUUCGCUGUCAACCUCCUCCCUCUGGUAAUCGUUGCGAUAGUAAUUGGAUACAUCGACAAAGAAAACGAUUACGCCAGCUCUAAUGUCAAGUUCGCCAUAGCGCUUGGUUCCAUGAUACCUCUGUCGUAUUACAUUGGUAUGGGCAUCGCCAGCAUCUCAGCUCAGAGUAACUUUGCUGUGGGUGCAGUGGUGAACGCCACCUUCGGCUCCAUCACAGAGUUGACCUUCUACAUCACCGCUCUGAUCCGAGGUCACCAGGCCGCCAACCCGUGUCUGCAGGAGGUCGUUAAAGCGGCGCUGACCGGGACGCUGCUCGGAUGCAUCCUCUUCAUUCCUGGCAUCUGCAUGAUAAUCGGUGGACUCAGACACAGCGAACAAAGAUUCAACAGUCGCUCCACAGGAGUGAGCUCUGCUUUGCUUUUCAUCUCUAUCGGAGGUGUAUUUGCCCCCACAUUGUUCUCCAAGGCUUAUGGGAACCUGGUGUGCGAAGGCUGCACCAACUCCAGUGGGCAAAACACCUCGAGCAACAGCAGCGCACCAUUCGUCUGCCACAACUGUCACUACGAUCUGAACAACGGAACACUGUUCCACAACCACGUUGAGCCGCUGGUGUUCACUGUGUGUACCCUCCUGCCGAUCGCCUACAUCAUCGGUCUGAUCUUCACACUGAAGACUCACUCCCACAUUUACAACAUCCAAGUUGGAGAAGGACAGGUGACCCGCCAACAUGGAGCAGUGGUCCACUGGUCUCGCUGGAGGUCUCUGAUCAUCCUCAUCAUGGCCACCGUGCUCACGUCUGCCUGUGCCGAUCUUGCCACCGAGCACAUCCAGCCGAUUUUAAACCAGCCCAACAUCUCUCAGUAUUUCAUCGGGGUGACGGUUCUCGCUAUGGUUCCAGAGAUCCCUGAGAUUGUUAACGGGAUCCAGUUUGCUCUCCAAAACAACAUCAGUCUCAGUUUGGAGGUGGGAAGCUGCAUUGCUGUGCAGGUCUGCAUGCUACAGAUUCCAAUACUGGUCUUUUUUAAUGCUUUCUAUGACGUGGGCUUUGUGCUGUUAUUCAGUGACCUGCACCUGUGGGCCAGCAUGUUCAGUGUGAUCGUCGUCAACUACAUCUUCAUGGACGGAAAGUCGGAUUAUUUUCAGGGCACAGCUCUGGUGGUCGUCUACCUUAUUCUCCUGGCUCUGUAUUACUUUGCUCCAUCUCCAGCUGCAUGCUGAGUGUGGGUCUUUGAUUUUCACCCUAAGUUUCACUUUUUUAAGCCUGAAAGAAACUUAAAGUACAAAUUCAGCACCACUCCAUGUUGGUUUAUAUUUACUGAUCAUUUGGGACUUUUAAUACGUUUUUUUUUUAUGCUUUACUCUGAGUUACACAGGUGAUAAAACUGAAUAUUUUAAUGUGAGGAAGUUACUUUUUUUUUUUCUGCUCAAACAUGUAACUCCUACUACUGUAAGUUUGUAAGCUGACAGACGUCUUAGUGAACUGUGGUGAAGGAGAGGAGUGGAUAUUAUGAUGUAAAGAAUCUGAACUAAUGGUAUUUUGUUGUUAAGUUACUGUUGUUAUAACUUUGUAUACUUUUUAAACUCCAAAAUGUAAAUAUGGAAUAUGUCUGAGAAUUCAUGAAAGAAUUGACUUUCUAUCCAUUAAUAUUAAUAUGGUUGAAAUGGCAGGACGCUCACCCAGCCAGGUCUCUGCUAAAGUGGCAAUGAGUUCGAAGUGAUAAGAUCCCCGCGUGUGGAGAUCUCCGUCAGUAAUACAGUGUGUCAUGACUGCACAGUGUAAAACAAUAACAUCUGACAACAUAAUAUUAUGAAAAA